UUUGAUAGCAUUGUGGUUACCGAUGUUGAUCCCACUUCACCAUCCAAUGUUCUGCGAGCCGCAGCAAUGCGUCAUUUCAAAUCGAAGGCGUUCUUGCUUCAGUGCAGUAUCAGAGUAUCCAAAGCUGACUUUAGGUUUUUUGCAGAUAAAUUCUCGACUGUGAGUCCGGAAACUGUGCAUAUCGUGGCAAACCGUGUGGCUAGCGGAGGCUCUCUGGUUGCUCUUACCCCUGACGAGCAGAAAGUGAUUGACCUCAUGAAGCAAGUCAAUGUCGUUACAGGGACUGUCCCAGGUUCGUCCGCAUCUCGGGUUUCGCAACGAAAUGAAAUCAAAGGGCUCAUGAUCCAGCAUGGUGCGCCUACGUUUUACAUCACUGUCAACCCUGCUGAUGUCUACUCGCCUAUUCUGCGCUCUAUG